UAUUUUGAUGUGACACAUCAGUAAUGGCCGUCCUGCCUUAUGAGUAAAUGUACCUCCUUUCGACACAUGAUUAUAUUUUCUUGUUCUCUCAGGCAAUGGUAACCAAAAAUUCACCACCUCGAGAAAUUUGAAUUACCCCCCCUGCCCCCCAGGACCCUAACCUUUCCCUGAACAGGUGUGAUGUCAGAUAAACGCCAGCGUGCUAGGGUGCAGGGUUCCUGGGCUAAACAGCUGCCCAAACAACCGAGGCCAGCAGUUUCUCCCAGCCAAAAUGCCACUCCAGCUGUCGCAUCCUGGGGAAUACAUCGGCAGACGACAUCUGCAAAUUUUGAGUUCCACCAGCCCAUUAAGCCCGUUAGAGAUGUACCACCAGAGAAAGUAAUUGACCAAGCGGGUGAUUACGAAAUCAGCCAUGAACCCUCAGGUGUGUCAAGAUUGCGACUGGUGCCCGGCUUUCUUCCAGCAGACGAAGCCGACUGGAUAUUCAGUAAACUGCUGGCAGAACUUCCCUGGUCACAGAAGACCAACGUCCGACAAGGUGGGGCCUCCCCUCAAGAGCCAAGGCUGACGUGCUGGUUUGGAGAGUUACCCUACACUUACGCUCGUUCCACCAUGGCCGCCAAUACAAAGGUCGGCGGUGGCGGCGGCGAGCGCCUCAACUCGCUGCUGUGCAACCUGUACCGAGACGGACACGACAGCAUCGGCUGGCACAGCGACGACGAGGCCUCGCUGGGCCCGCAGCCCGUCAUCGCCUCGCUUAGUUUGGGUGACAGCAGGGUGUUCAGCCUACGCAAGAAGCCGCCUCCGGAAGAAAAUGGUGACUACACUUAUGCGGAGCGUAUUAAAGUUCCUCUGGGUCACGGCGCUCUGCUUUUGAUGGAAGGAGCCACGCAGGAUGACUGGCAGCACCAGGUGGCGAAGGAAUACCAUGACCGCGGCCCCCGCAUUAACUUGACCUUCAGGAGCAUCUUCCCCGAGCCUCAGGGCCACCAGCCUGGCACCAAGUUGCGCUUUUCCGGCCGCCAAGCGGACGUGAACAUCACAAACUAGAACCCGACAACAAAAAGAACUGCACGGGUUGAGAUUUUUCUGUUUUUCCCAAAGAGGAAACCCGAAACACAACUCGUGUGACCAGGAUGAUACGGUGUGUUUUACACGAGAUCAGAACGGAAUUGUCUUGUUUUACUUAAUGAGUACAAGAAGUGGCACGUACUGACAUUGAGAAACAUUGAAAUGAGUCUGAUCCCCCCCCACCCCCUUUGUUGAAGGAGUGCAUGUUUACUUGCAAUAAAAAAAAAAAAAAUACACUUUUGAGACAUUCAAA